GCUAAGAAAUUGAAAAACAUUCCUACCAAACAGACCCUGGACCGACUGCUAUUUAAAGUCGGCAACGAUUCGCGAACUCAAUAUCUAGGGCUUCCUUUUUAUUUUUUUCCUUUCUUCGCUCGUCUCGGUUGUUUGUUUUCUCUGCCGCUGAGAAAAAGGAGAAAGAUCGCUUCUGCAAAUUCUAUUACUGAUCUGGAUUGUCAACUAUGGAGAAACAAAAAGUAGAAGGUAUAGAAGAGACUUUUGUCUUGGCCUAUCCCGGUUACUUCAAACAUGCCAAUAUUGGUGCUCUUGUGAGCUUCUUUGAGGAAAAUAAAUUUCACUUGAAAGGUAUGAUGCUUAUGAAUGUGAGUCCGAAAUUCAUUGAAAAGCACCUCCAAAAUGUUGGAGAGGAACAUGGAGGGGAACCUGAUGAUGAACUUUCUUGUUUUAAUUGGGUGUAUUACUUAACCUCUGGUCCUGUUGUUGCUAUGAUACUGGAGGGACAUGAAGCAGCCAAUAAAAUGAAGUUAUUGGCAUCGAAUCGUGAGAACGUUUUCUUUUGGAGUUUUGGCAGGCCAGCAGCUUACUGCAGCGGUUCAGCUGACCGUGCAAAUCAAGAUAUUCGGACGUGGUUCGGUCAAGAUAGCAAAGCUGAGAGAUCUAAUUUAGUACACUUGCAUGCAGGGGGGGGAACACAUGGCCCAUUGGAUAGAAUCUAUAAGACAUUAGAGAAUGAUUCCUACUAUCGAGUGUUUGCUGAAAAACCCAUAGAUCUUCAUGCCUGUUUUUUGAAGGAACCCAUGUCCUUUCUGGUGAUCAAGCCCAAGGCUUUUGAUAAGGACUGUGUUGGCGAAAUUCUGAGUGCUGUUGAGGAUAACAGUUACAUAGUCAAAGGUUUAAAGCUCGUGAAAAAGUCCGAGCAUCCUGACAGCAUUGUAUGGUCUGAUUCUUCUGCAUCGACUAAAACUGAUGGAGAUGAUGAGUAUGGUAUUGCUAUGGUUGUUACUUGUCUUUCCUCAAAUUUCGAAUUACGUGACAAAGCACCAGAUCUCAAGCAUAUCGAUUUUAGUUCAGAAGUAUAUCUAGUUGGCAGUAAUUACGUCUACCAAAGCAAGCCGGAUGAAAUGAGGAGUGAUGUAGACUUAUUUUUUCCUCACGGUCUGACCAUUUGGACUGAUCCUGAAAGCCAGUACCUAUUUGGCAAGAUGUUCCAGCCAACUUUAAUUGGUUUAGAUUGGGAGGAUUAAGUUACAUGUCAUGUGUUUUCUUGUUUGGAAGUUACUAACAGUUUCCAAUUCCGUGGUUGUAAAACUUUAUACUCUUUUAUCCUUUAAUAUGAUGAACUUAAAGUUACAUUUUCUUUC